UUUCUCUAUAUAAGUACGUGUAUAGCUGCACAGUUAUUAUAAUCUCUUUAUAAGCCUUUGACAUUGUCUAGUGAAGUCACAUGUAAGUAGCUAGCUGCACAGUUAGUUUAUACUAAACAUGUUUGGACAAUUUUCCAGCCUAUCACUCAAUGAGGGAGGUUACGACUACAAGUUCAUAGAAGAACCUGCAGACUCUCUCAAGUGUCUCAUCUGUCUGCUAGUAGUUAGGGAGCCACAACAACAUGGCGGCUGUGGGAAGCUAUUCUGUAAAGUGUGUAUUGACAAGCACACGGCCUUUAGCAUUGUCUGUCCACACUGUAGAGGACCACUCUUGAAAUUGGGGCAAUCUACCCUUUUUUCUGACCUUAGAAGUGAGCAGGAAGUAAAUUCUCUGCUGGUUCGAUGUCCAACGUCUUGUGAAUGGAACGGAGAGCUUCGAUCACUAGAACACCAUAUGCAAAAGGACUGUGGUAACACUUUAGUUCCUUGCCCCAAAAAUUGCAAGAUAAAAAUCAUAUGGAACAAAAUCGAUUAUCACCUUGCUUUUAAAUGCCUAAAUCGACCACAUUCGUGUACAAAAUGUCAGAAGCAAAUGGAGUUUAGGAAUGUCAAAAAUCAUGAAUUAAACGAGUGCCCCAAGAGACAGUACACAUGCCCACACUGCAAUGAAGCUGGUGUGUAUGAUGAGAGAACUACUACACAUCUAGAAGCCUGUCCUAAAGUCAAGAUCGAGUGUUCCAAGUGCUUGGUUAAAAUUUCUCGCUGUGACCAAGCAGGCCAUGUUUUAGCUUGCCCGAGUGAACCAGUACGCUGCAAGUACUACAAUAUUGGUUGUGCAGAGAAGCCUUUAAGAAAGAAACUGACAAGACACGAGGAGAAUGCACAGAUGCAUCUAGCUUUAGCAGCAGACAAGAUAUUAAAACUAACUAACAUGCUCGUUGUAAAAAACACGCUAAAACUUAAAAUAAAGGAUUUUAAGGAGAAAAAAGAUAAAGUUUUAAGCCCAGAUUUUCAUACUUCAGAAUUGGGCUACAAGUUGUGCUUGAGAGUUGAUCCCAAUGACAGUGGUGCUGGUGAGGGUACUCAUGUUGCAGUGUAUGCCUGUCUCAUGAAGGGAGACAAUGAUGACUCCCUGUCCUGGCCGUUCACUGGGACAGUCACAAUCGAGCUACUCAACCAACUGGAGGACAAGAACCAUCACAAGAUGACAAUCACAUUCCCAGCAGAUAAUGUGGUCAGCCAGAGAGUGGUGGAGCGUGAGAGAGGGGAGGGAGGAUAUGGCUACCGUAAAUUCAUCUCCCACGCUGACCUCGCUCACAAGCCUCUUACAAACACUCAGUACCUCAAAGACGACACUCUAAUAUUUCGAGUAUCUGCAGAAGCUCCUGACUACAAGCCAUGGCUGGAGUGUAGCAAGUGUGUUUAGUGACUUUAUAUUGCAGGACUAAUUAGUGUGAUAUUUCCUAUAGUAGACUAUAGUGCUAGAACCUUUAUACAUAUACAAUAGGUAUAUACCUCGUGUCAAAACCAU